ACAACAUCCUAUCUUCAUGUGUUGAUUUCACUCCCUGGUGCUGUUAAUUGAAAAAAGAAUUUAUUGUUUCAUUUCUGUUGUUCAGCCUGUCACCUUCAGUUCCUCCUGAAAAGUGUUACCGCACACCAGCGAUGGCGGAGGCUAGUGUUGGGCCUGGCAACCAAGCCAGUCCCGGGGUCGAUCCGCCAUCCUCGCAGAAUACUGGGCACAUUGGUCAAAAUUUUGAGCAACCCCAAGCUCUAGCCGAAUCAAUCGAAACAGACAUCAAACAAAAUGAAGAAGAAAGCCAAGUCACGGAGGACCAAUGGAAAGCAAUGUUCGAGCUUGUCCUCUCCAUCUACGAGUACCGUGAACCGGAUGGUCACGAUCCGUCGAGGCUAUUUCAUCGUAGCGUUAAUAAGCGAAACGUUCCCGAUUACUACGAUGUCAUCAAGGAGCCGAUGGCGUUGAGCAUCUUAAAACAAAAGAUCCGCAAUCGAUCCUAUAAAACCUUUGCAGAAUUCGUCAGGGAUUGCGCUCUGAUUCCGCACAAUGCCCAAACAUACAAUCGACCCAGGUCGCAAGCCUAUGAAGACGCGCUCAUAAUCAAGGAUGUUUUUGCCUCUGAAUUUAAGAAGCUUGCCGAUCAAGAAAUAAUAUCUGCAGAGACUGCCGAAUUGCCAGACUUGGGCGAGAUCCCCGAAGCAGAUCCACUUCCUAUCGAGGAGGAAGAUGACGACGAAGAAGAAGAAGACGACGAUGAAGAAGCUGAAGAUUCUGACGAGGAAGGCGGCCGUCGUAGACGCAAGCGCUUCCGGCGAGGUAGCCAAUCCUCCAAACGUGGUGGUAACAAGGAUGAAUUCCGCAAGAGCAUAGAUCCAGCGACGCGCAAGAAGAGAGGCCGACCCCCGCGAGUUGAUACACCGAUGGAAGCAAGAAUUAAAGCAGUACUCAAAGGAAUUCGAAAACCUAGAGACCAAGGAGGAUUAAAGAUUCGACAUUUCGAAAAGUUGCCGGAUAAAGCCUUGUAUCCUGAUUACUACACGGAGAUUAGGGAACCCAUGGCUGUUGACCUCAUUAAACGGAAAUCCAAAAGAAAAAAGUACGCAUCGGUUGAUCACUUCAUGAGAGACAUAGAUCUCAUGUUCAAUAACGCGAAGACGUAUAAUCAACCCGAUAGUCAGCUGUACCAGGAUGCCGAUGAUCUUCAAGCCGAAGCUCAUAGACUCGCAGAGCAAGAAAAGAACAAACCUGACAGCGAGUAUCUCAUGGAAGAUGGACGGCUUCCUCUUCCCAAUGGAAUCUCGUACAAAGAUGAGAUCUGGAGAGUCGGCGACUGGGUGCAUAUUCAGAACCCGAAUGAUGCACACAAGCCUAUUGUUGCCCAGAUUUACCGGACCUGGCAGGAUUCAGACGGCCAAAAGUGGGUGAAUGCUUGUUGGUAUUAUCGACCGGAGCAAACUGUACACCAUGUUGACAAACACUUCCUCCCCAAUGAAGUUAUGAAAACUGGUCAAUAUCGAGAUCAUCGGAUUGACGAGGUCGAAGAUAGGUGUUUUGUGAUGUUUUUUACGCGUUACAACCGCGGCCGACCACGGGGAUUUCCACCCGAGAAACAGGUGUAUGUCUGCGAAGCUCGUUACAACGAGGAAAAGCAUAAAUUAAACAAGAUAAAAACUUGGGCCAGUUGUCUUCCCGACGAGGUUCGAGAGAAAGAUUAUGAGAUGGACCUUUUUGAUGGACCUAGAAAAAUUAGGAAAGUCCCAAGUCCAAUCAAGCAUCUGUUGCCAACAGACGCCAAAGAAACAGACGAUCUGCCCAAACCAACUUGGGGAGCUGAGAACGCGCCGCCAAUUAUUGGGGCCGUCCACUGCCGCCCCCGUGAUGAAAAUGAAUCGCCGCCUCCUGAGCCAACUCCACCACCUCCUCCACAGCCAACUUCUCAAUCGCAACCAAGCUUACCGCCUAGACCAAUGUCUGCGAAUCAACCAGCACCUCAAACAAACCUUGAUGCGAGGCGCGAUUCCCGGUUGAGCGCCGCCAAUUUUGCUCCUGUGCCAACGCCAUCUCCAGUUCAGCCGCCCCAUCUACAGCCGGCGGCACAGGUACCCUUGAUGCCUUCGAUAGCUCAACAGCCUUUCCAAGUCCCCUCUCUUGCUUCCUCACAGUAUCAGCCAUCUCAGCCUAUCCAAGCCCCACAUGUUCCUAUUGGAUAUGCUACCUAUCCACAACCUACGCAGCAGCCUUUUGCUAUGUCGCACAAUUAUCCUACGCAAAUGCCUAGUCGCGUCCCACAGCCUUCAAUGGCGAUGCCACAUACACAUACGCCUAACCCGAACGCGGCGAGGUCCUCUGAGUUCAUUACCUUGCCUGAGGAAAUCAACAACGCAAUCCCCCCAGAAGUGCGAGCGCAGUUCCAAUGCGACGACAAAGGCCGUGUGCUUUUCUGGAGCACUCCGCCAAUUGAUGUGGUGAAUGAUCAGCCCCAGCCACUCUCUCACACUCCAGAAUAUCUUGCUGCGAGAGCAAGACGUCAGACAGUCAUUGAUCGUGUGCGCAGGAAGAUUCUUGAUGAACAAAAAAGGCAUGCGGAAGAGGAUGAACAGCACCGAUUCAAUGAGGAAGAGAAGGUGGCUGUUAAAGAGGAAAACCUUAAGGUCAAAAUGGAAUAUACCAAACCCUCCACACCCUUGCGAACUUUCUCCAGAGAGACCCAAGGCGAAUGCCAUGGGCGGGAGUUAGAAAUCGCUAGAGCAUAUAUAGCCGGCCGCACCACAGACAAAGAGGAUACUAACGCCAAAAUUUUAAACAUUGUUAGACGUGACAAGGGUGAUAUGUUUGAUCCGAAGACACUCUCUCCACGUCGAAAAUAUUUUCCUGUAAAAGAUCACUGGACCUACUUAACUGAGUCCUCAAAGAAGGGUGCUCUAGGUACUUAG